CAUCAGGUUACCACCCGCAGACCAAUGGCCAGACUGAGCGUGCUAAUCAGGACCUGGAGGCAGCCCUUCGCUGUGUCUCUUCUCGCCAUCCAGUCUCCUGGGCCUCCCACCUGCCUUGGGUUGAAUAUGCCCACAACUCCCUGGUUUGCUCCGCCACAGGUAUGUCUCCAUUCAUGGCUUCUGUUGGGUUCCAACCCCCUCUCUUCCCCACCCAGGAGAGGGAUGUGGCAGUUCCCUCAGUGCAGGGGCAUCUUCGGCGUGCCCGCAGAGUCUGGCAGGAAGCCCGGGCAGCUCUCACUCGCACUGCUGCUCGCAACCAAAGACUUGCAGACCGCCAUCGCACUCCAGCCCCGGACUACCAGCCCGGCCAGAAGGUCUGGUUGUCCUCCCGUGAUCUUCCACUCCAGACUGAGUCCCGCAAACUGGCACCCAGUCACCGCCUCGACCAGAACUGUUUGAUUUCCAGGGAGUCUCGAUGACCCACUACUUCACAGACAACUGGGAGAACAUUCAAAACUUUCAGGCCCGGCCGGAUGAUAUACUCAUUGCGACAUACCCCAAAGCAGGGACCACCUGGGUCUCCUACAUCCUUGACCUGCUGUAUUUUGGUGAGACAGAGCGCCAGAAGGACGUCCCAAUAUAUCAUAGAGUGCCUUUCUUGGAGAUCUUCUUCCCAUCUGUGCUUUCAGGAACAGACAUGGUGGACAACCUCGCCACCUCCCCUCGAAUCAUCAAAACUCACUUUCCAGUCCAGUUCGUGCCAAAGUCCUUUUGGGAGCAAAACUGCAGGGUCGUGUACGUGGCCCGUAAUGCUAAAGACAACGUGGUGUCUUCUUUUCAUUUUGAUCGCAUGAACAUACUUCAGCCGGAGGCCGGAGACUGGAGCAACUACCUCCACAGAUUCAUGGGUGGAAAAGUGGUGUAUGGAUCCUGGCACAACCAUGUGAACGGCUGGUGGAAGAAGAAACAGACUUACGCGAAACUCCAUUACAUGUUCUACGAAGAUCUGGCCGAGGACACCGGACGGGAAAUAGACAAACUCUGCUGCUUUCUUGGUUUGUCUCGUUCGGACGAGGUGAAGAAAAGAGUUACGAAUGGAGUGCAUUUUGAUAACAUGAAAAAGGACAACAUGGCCAACUACUCGACCAACCCGUUUAUGGAUUUCAAAAUUUCUCCUUUCAUGAGAAAAGGGAAAGUUGGUGACUGGAAGAACCAUUUCUCUGCGGCCCAGAGUGAACAGUUUGAUGAAGACUACGAGAAGAAGAUGACUGAUGUCACUCUACAGUUCCGUUCUGAAAUUUGAUCCAGAAUGGCUUCAUAUAUGUGGAGCUGGGUCCAGGUGUUAAUGAAAAUGUGGCAUUCCCAUGAGCCUAUAAUUCAAUUAGUUUUGUAUAACCAAAAUCACAAAUCUACCUCGGAGGGCAUUACAAUCUGUACACAUUCGACAUCCCUGACCUUUGACCUUACAUUGGAUCAGGAAAAACAGACAUAUUUUGUAUGCUAUUCAUGUAAUCAUGAACAAGGAAGUACAAAGAUAAAGGGAGGGAGAGGUGGACAAGUUUGACCCAGGAGACUGAUAUUCGUUCCCCAUGUGAAACGAGAAAAGAAAACUCACGUCAACUUGCAUACUUGUACUUCGUGUACUAGAAUUUUGUAAUAUAUUCUUAAACCUGUAAAAUGCUGUGUGUUACAUAUUUCAACAUAAAUAUAUGUUAAAAAUAACACAAUUUGUGUGUUUAUAGUUUUUUCCCAGAAAUUAUCCUUAAAAUGCAGGUGACUUUCUUUUUUGUUGUUGUCACCACACCACAUCCACGUUGUUUGAAGCCUCAAAGCUUUUAGAACCACAACUACAGUCAUUUUAUUGUUCUGACCACAAAUCUAAAUAAUGAUAAUAAACAGUUUAAGAACAAAAGGUCCUCCGCUCUGACUCAGCCCUAUAAUGAUAGUAAUAACAAAUAUACAUUGUCAUUAUAUAUAAAAUGGUUAAAGUCAUUCAUGAACCAACUUCCUUUUUUUUUUGCCUGAACAGUCCUCAUGGACUUUUCCCUGAAUCUGUUCUGUCUCUACCUGUUUGUCACGAUACUCAUAUUAUAACUUCUAUACAUAUUACAUACCUGCCAUUAAUAUCAUGAUACCCGAUACCAGAAUUCAAUACACCAUAAAAACAAUAUGGUACCAUAAAUACGAGACUGGUAUAUUUAUCUAUAAUAGUAAUAAAUAAAACAUCUGUAUGGUUCACUUUUUACCAACUUUUUCAACACUUAACAUAUAACAGUAAUAUUAGUAUUAAUACAGCCAGAUAUGAAUGAAACUACAUGGUUCCAUCAUAGCAUUGAUUAUACACGAUGAGGCCGUUAGUCUCUGACCAGAUGAUACACAGUUCAUCAGGAUGAGCAGCUGUAGAGUUACAGAACUUUACAGACUGAAACAUUUACCUUCUGGCAUCUUUUUAUUUUUUAAGCCGAAGUCGGUCUCUAAAGCUGCGCCACUUCUCUCGCUGUGAGCUGCGCAGCGCAGUGUGCGCAGACAGCUCCACACGGAGCAGCGCGU